CUUCCAUGAUUCGUGUCGUUUCAUGGGAUUAGACGAACUCGAUUGUGUAUCUGUGUCACGGAGAUUGCGUUCUCCGCCAUGGAGCCAUAAACCUCUCAAAGUCUCUCUCGGGAAACCCCACAGCUCGGGAGAGGAAGGGGAGCGUAACAUUCCUGUCGGGAGCUGUGGAACAAAAUGGGGAAUCCUUAUUCGUGGUCUGUCGCCGGAGUCCGUCUGCAAAGAAGAGGGCCUAUUGUUCAAGCUUGGCAUUCAAUGUCUUCUUCCACGAAGAAGGGAAAAUCCGCGUUGCCCAAGAAGUCGGAGGAGCUCAGGGAGAAGAGAACCGCCGCAACCGAAUCCGUCGUUAAGAAAUAUAUGGUGGCAAAUGAAGGGGCAUUUCCUACAGUGAAACAAGUGCAUGAUGAGGUGGGUGGUGCACAGUACAUCUUGAGGGGCAUUCUUUCUGAUCUCAAGAGACAGCUCUUGCCUGGGAACGAAAAUCUUGACCAGGCUUCAAGCAAUGAACAGCUUAAGAAUGGAAAUGUCCAACUGCCUUCAGAAGAUUUUCCUACUGAAACAAUGUCAGAACAUGUUCAAGGACCACUGGUAGUAGAGGACAAACCAACGGAGGGACCUGACAAAUCAUUAAGCAGUAAUUCUUCUAGUGAAGUAACACAUAGUUCUGGUUUAGGUUGUCUGAACUCAAUUAGUGAUGCUUCAGUAGAGCAUAAUAGUCCUCAUAUUUUGAAGGAUCAUAGAACUUUUCCUGAAUCUGGUGACCACGAACUUUCUUGGCUGGCUAAUAUUCUUGUUAAAAAAGCUGUUCCUCAAGCAGAAGGAUUAUUCAGCAAGAAUUCUGGCUUCAGAAGACCACUAGAUCCAAACCAGGAAGGAGGUAAAAGAAUGGCUCUUCUUCAGCAAAUCAAGGACUAUGCAGGAGAUGUGAAGAAUGAGAAGCGUAGAUAUGAAAGUGUCCAUCCAACAGGAAAAAAUGAACCCCACGAUGUGGAGUUUCAUAAGGAGCUGCAAGAAAUGGUUAAACUUGAGGAGAAUCAGGAAAAUGCUGAUUGGCAUAAAUGUGAAAAAGCAUACCCAACAGAAAUGAAGGAACUUCACAAUACUGACCUUCAAAUAUCAGAUAAUGAUGAUGAUAAAGAUGGAACUACUGACACAGGAACAGACAGGAAGACCCAACAGAAGGAAGGACAUAGGAAGCUUGAGGGUGUAAGCGUGUUUGAUUCAAUAUUAGCCACUAAGAAAAAUGGAUUUGCACAUCCAUUCCCCUGCGAAAAGCUUCACAAUUCACAGACGGGAGAAUCUGAAAGUGGUGAUGACUCUGAUUAUGCUGCUGCUGAUUACUUGCUUUCUGGCCCUGAAGAGCCUAUGCAGGUGUCUCAGAAGGCAAUGGCACAGAAAUCAGACACGGCAGAUACUAGAAAGCAACAAAAUACCGUGUUAGUGACCUUUUUACCAAGAACAGCUACAGAACAAGACAUAAUGUCUGCGUUUCAUAUAUUUGGGACUAUCUUAGAAGUUCAGUUUGGUCCAUCAAACAAGCAAAGCAAAUAUAAUUUUGCUUUUGUUCAAUUUAAGACAGCAGAGUCAGCAGCAGUGGCAACACGACAAGGGAGCCAUGUAGUUACUAAUGCACUAGUUGUGAUAAAUGCUAUUUUACCAAUGCCUAUGAAAUCGAAGAUGGCAUCAAUUCCUGGUGAGAAUGUAAAUGAUGUACCUGUGCAACUGGAAUAUUGUAGUCGCGCUGUUACAAUCCAAGGUAUUACCCCUGAGAUGAGGUUUGAACACCUUAGGCAUUUGUUUUCCAUCUAUGGACCCAUCGAUAACAUCAUUUUGGGUUGCUCAAGCACCAUUGCUUACAUUGUGUUCAAGACUGAAGAAGCCAAAGAAAGAGCUCUUGCUGCUAGAGUGAUAACCGUGCCAGGAUCCCAGCUUGAUAUAUCAAGAGUAGAUGUGCCACAAACUACAAUUAUGAGGAUUUCCAACAUCAAUGUAAAGACUGAAAAUAGAACUGCCUAUAAUAUUUGCAAAUCUGUUGGAACGGUAAGAAGAUUGGUCUGGAGGGCCAGCUGCAUUGUAGACGUGCAUUUUGAAACAAGUGAGUCUAUGAACAUGGUCAAAAUCCUGAGCAGUUUGCAUGGUAGAGUGGUUGAUGGGCAUAAGUGGCACGUCCAGCCAGCAACAGUCAUACCGCACGAUAUGCUUCAAAUCCUUUGGAGGACACACACAGGCAGACAUCAUGUGCACAUGCUCUUCAUGAGACUCUGUCGGAUGAUCAGUUCUAGCUCAACCGAUGCAGCUAAAUUGGCAGAGAUUGCUGAAGAAUAUCACGGAACAGUCACACAUGGAUAGGCGGUAAAAAAUAAUACUCUUUUGUGAGUAUCAUUUUGGUGACAAGUAGUUAAUUUGGAAAAGUGAAAAAGUGGGAGGAGCUCAUAUGUUGCCGCAGUUUUGAAUUUACUAAUUCAAAGCAAUUCGGUCUCCCGUGAAGCAGGAUGGCAAAAUCAUGCAUUCGAAAUAUUCACUGUUCUUGGAUUGCACGUGAUUAUCGUGCUUCCUUGGGGGACAGAGGUAGAUAGACAUGGUGUUCUCUGAAUAGAGCCAACAUGUCUUCACUUGCCCCUUUGAAAUGAACAACGUACAAACAGGAUGUUCCUUCAGAAUGUUGGAACGGCCAGAGCUUGCAUGAUCAGCUUAUACCAUGCAACUCCAAAGAUGACACGGGUAUGCUAACAUGUACUAGUUGGAACGUAUAUGUUAAAACACCCAUUUAGAGUGGAACCCUUUUUCCACCAUCAACGGAAUAGAGCAAAAUGUGCAUAGAAUAUAUUUAAGUUCAUCGCAUCCAAACUCUUGAAGCAUUUGAGAACAUUGUUUCAUUAUAUAAAUAGUGACAUUUCGUCUUCA